GCCCCGCGUGAGUUCUUGUGGAAGUGAAGAGAAGUUGACCACAAUGGGUCGUCUGGACGGGAAAGUGAUUGUGCUGUCCGCAGCUGCUCAGGGCAUUGGAAGAGCCUCUGCUAUAGCUUUUGCAAAGGAAGGUGCCCAAGUCACAGCUACAGAUAUCAAUGGCGAGAAACUUAAAGAGCUGGACGGCAUUCCAGGUAUUAAAACCAAGGUGGUUGAUGUAACCAAGAAGGACCAAGUGGAUGCCCUGGCCAAGGAGUUUGAACAUGUGGAUGUGCUCUUCAAUAUUGCUGGAUUUGUCCAUCACGGCUCCAUUCUGGACUGUGAGGAGUCGGAUUGGGACUUCACCAUGAAUGUGAAUGUCCGCAGCAUGUAUCUGAUGAUCAAGGCCUUCCUCCCCAAGAUGCUGGCUCGUAAAUCCGGAAAUGUCAUCAAUAUGGCAUCUGUGGCGUCUAGUAUCAAAGGGGUUGUGAACAGAUGCGUCUAUAGCACGUCUAAAGCCGCUGUCAUCGGACUGACCAAAUCAGUGGCGGCUGAUUUCCUCGAGCAAGGGAUUCGCUGCAACUGUGUGUGUCCUGGAACGGUUGAUACGCCAUCAUUACGUGAGAGAAUCCAGGCUAGACCUGAUCCAGAACAGGCUUUUAAAGACUUCAUGGCCAGACAGAAGAUGGGUAGGUUGUGCACUGCAGAGGAAGUGGCACAUCUUUGUGUGUACUUGGCUUCAGAUGAGUCUGCCUAUGUAACAGGAACAGAAGUCAUCAUUGAUGGAGGAUGGAGGCUCUAAGGACAGUUGUUCUGUUUACUAAAUAAACAUGCAUUCAACAUCCGCAGUACUGUUAAAUAAUUAGUAUAGUUAAAGAAUUUGUAAAUUAGUUUAAAAAAAACAAUGCUGCUAGGUAAUCACUGUCUAUUGUACACUUAUUAAAUCCUUGUCUUGAUGCAGUAAUUUGGAUUUUAAGAAGAUUACAAACUCCAGACUAUGCGUUUAUUAUUUUUUUCAUUUUAUAUAAUAAAAUAUUAUAUAAUGAUACUUUUUGUUUGAAUAAAUAUGACAUGCCCCAAUGUAAACUGUGCU